GCAAAGGAGAGACUAGAGGAAGUGACCCUCCAGAUGGAUUCAAAGAACACCGCAAAGAGGAAGACAAGAAGAGGGAAGUGAGGAGUGAGGACGGUCGACCCCCUGCACGAGGGGCCAGCAAGAUGGAGAGACAGAAGGUGGAGGACGUGUACGCCAAGGCUGACAUCACCAACGAUGGAGACUUCCGGAUCAGGAAGUAUCUGGAUCAAGUGGACGGUCUGCUGGAACAGAACAAGAUAGAUGAGGCUUUGGCUGAAUAUAAUGAGAUCCUGGACAGCAGCCCCUCGAGUCCGAGGGCGCUGUAUGGGCGUGUCGUGGCCCUGGACAAGCUGGCCGAACAGCGACGUAGCAAUGAGAUCCUGGAGAUGUGCAUGGUAGCGUUUGAAAAGGUGUUGAAGAUACCCGACGUUCCGGACCAGUUGUUUAAGAUAGUUGGACGUCGACUGGCAGACAGGCAGCAGUUUAGAGGCUUUAGUCCCCGAGCUGCCAAGACGUUUGAGUUGCUGACAUCACGUUUCCCAUAUGACAUCACGCUGAUGAAGGAGCUGGGAGUGAGCUACCUGAUGAUAGGCCAUAACCAGGAUGCCAAACAAGUCUUCGCAAAGGUACUGAAGCUGGACCCAAAUGAUGGCUUUGCACUGGUUCAUUAUGGAUUUAUUCUGAAGACUGAUGAAAGGAACCCCAUUGAGGCAGUUCCAUACCUGGAACGUGGAGUGAAGAGCAGCAAGGGGACCCGUGAUGGUCGUUUCUACUACCAUCUUGGUGAUGCACUGCACCGACUCGGGAACACAGAAAAGGCUUAUAGAUACUACAAGCAGGCAGCUUCCCUGGGCCUGUUUCUCUCUCCGUACCAACGAUCGCUGUACAAUGUAGAAGACCUCAAAUCACAUCCCUGGUGGACACCUAGAGAGACGGGCCUUGCUCAGCAGCUGAAGACACUGGAGCAGCACUGGCAGGAGAUCAGAGACGAAGGACUGCGGCAGCUCAAUGUUGAAUCCAGCAAAUUUCUGUUUGAAGAUGAGAAUCUCCGAGAGAAGGGCGAGUGGAAACAAUUCACUCUCUAUACACAAGGAAAGAAAAGUCGGAAGAACUGUGAGAAGACCCCUGUGACAUGUUCCCUGAUAGACAAGAUCCCCGAUGUCCGUGACUGUACGCGGGGACAGGUGAAAUUCUCGGUGAUGCAGCCAGGAGUACAUGUGUGGCCACACUGUGGGCCGACCAACUGUCGGAUCAGAUCCCACCUCGGACUGGUGGUGCCACCUGGGCCACGCAUCAGAGUCGGUAACGAUACCAGAGAGUGGGAGGAAGGCAAGUUCUUAAUCUUUGAUGACUCGUUCGAGCAUGAGGUGUGGCAUGACGGGGACCGGUUCCGUCUGGUUCUCAUCAUGGACUUCUGGCACCCAGAUCUCACAGAUGACCUCAAGUGGAAACUGGCGCCCAUCUAGCCCCACAUCAUUUUGGGGGGAAAAAGCGGAAAAAAUAAUUGGUCACAACAGGUUUAUUAUCUGUCAGAUUCGUCCAAAAUGAGGACAGAUAUAUUUUUAGUUUGUAAAAUUCAUCCAAAACUAGGACCUGACUGUUAGUUUUUUGUUUGUUAUUUCAGUUUCAUCUAAAAUAAGGACACAACAGGUUUACUUUUAGUUUUUAAGAUUCAUCCAUUGCUAGGAUCUUGAGAGUUUCUUUUAAAAUAGUUUUAAAAAAUAUUAAAGUCAGAAACAGAGUCAUAUUUUGUUCAGGUAUAUAUCUUGUACUCAUGUUUCAUUGGUAUUUAACUCUCCAUGAACAGAAAACAGGUCAUAAAGUUUGGCCCUUUGGGGCACUUAUCUGUCUUUAUUGGGAGGAGUUUGUUUCCAGAGGCUAUAUGAUAGUCGGAAUUGGUGAUUUCAUGGAACAAAUUUUUGUGGCCUUAUGAACAUGAAUAUGAUGGGUAGAUACUUCACAGAAGCUGCAAGGAAUAAGAUGGUGCAUCAGUGUGUUGGUUUCAGUUAAGGAAAACUUGUCAGUACAAGUUGUUGGCUUUACAAGGAGGGUCAUGCUCACUGACUGCUUCUAAUAACAAGUAACUCUCCUUUCGUCUGGAUUAAACAUAGCCCUCAUUAAUACAGAUAUUUGGUCACAUCUGUAUUUAUUGUUAAUGAAUUUGCUUCUUGAUUUUCUCUGUCUCCAGCAUUGAUUAGCUUUAACUUGCCAAACAAACAGGCAAUCAGGCCUCUGUUGGAAAGAAACUUGUCUUAUCUGAAAACUUAAAUAUGUUGAUGAGAUGUUGUUUUGAUGAUAUUAUUGAAUUGAUAGUACCGGUAAUAAUCCCACCAUGAAGGCUGUGAGUGAUGGGUAAAGUUGUAUAACGGGUAACAAACCCAACUGACUAUUGGCACACAGGUGAUAUUCGAUUAUUUACCCAGACUGUAGGGACCAGUUGGUUAUUGCUUGUACCUCGACACAUGAGGUGCUUAGACUACAGGAAUAACGGAUACCUUCCGCCAUCUUUGAAAGCACGCGAGUUUACUUAGGUAUAGGGUAAGGUUCAGGGUUAGUGUUAGGGUUAGG